GAAUGGAGUGUAUGUUUUUUAUCGAAAAAUAAAACAUCUUGCGUUUUUUAAAUAUUUAGUUGAGAAGUAGCACGCAAAUUUGAUUCUAUUUUUAACUUCUGUAACUGGAUUUGUUUUGGAUAAUCUUGUGAAAUAGUGCUCUAUAGUUAAUGGACUCAGAAUAAUGACCAAAUUAGCCGGCACAAGACGUGCACGAAACCAGGCUACAUCACUAGCUAUACCUCGGCAAAACUCUAUUACUGAUAAUGGCAAGACUCGUCAAAAUUUAAGCCCAGAAGUACUGGCUUCUAUGAAUAAGGAGCAAUUGAGAGCAGAAUGCAGAAAAAGAGGUCAACGGACUACAGGAAACAAAAAUGAGCUGCUGGCCCGUCUCGGGUACUACAAACUGGCGGCGGCAGUGCAAGUAGAAACCGAACAACGCACGCGCAACGGAUUACACCACACACAUCCGAAAGAACUCAAGACAAAAGUCGUAUCAAUGGAUACAGACAGUUUCGUGCUAUGGAGGAAGCCAUUUAUAACAAUAGAAUACUUCUUUCGCGAACUCUUAAUAUUAUGCAACACAGGGUUACGAAGGUUAUUAGCAUAUAAAUUACUUGCAUUAGCAAUAGUGUUCUCGAUCUCCGGUACAGCUGUAUCGUAUUAUGUUAGUGGGCCACACCAACCAUAUGUACAGGAAGCAAUUCUGACACUAGCAUGGUGGGGUUGGUGGGUGAUACUCGGUGUAUGCAGUUCCGUGGGUCUCGGAACAGGCUUACACACGUUCCUCCUAUACCUCGGUCCGCACAUAGCACGCGUCACACUCGCGGCUUACGAGUGUGGGGGCCUCAACUUCCCGUCACCGCCGUACCCUAACGACAUAAUAUGUCCCGAAGAGAUCGACCCGAAGUACGUGGUGUCGAUAUGGAACAUAAUGGCCAAGGUGCGGAUAGAGUCCAUGAUGUGGGGCAUGGGCACGGCGCUGGGCGAGCUGCCGCCGUACUUCAUGGCGCGGGCGGCGCGCCUGUCCGGCGGCAGCGUGGCCGAGCUCGCUGAGAGGGACGACUCCAGGACCGGCAGAGCGAAAGUAAUGGUGCAGAAAUUAGUGCAACGCGUGGGUUUCGCCGGGAUCCUAGCGUGUGCGUCCAUACCCAACCCGCUGUUCGACUUGGCGGGGCUCACGUGCGGACACUUCCUCGUGCCGUUCUGGACAUUCUUCGGUGCGACUCUACUUGGAAAGGCCGUUAUCAAAAUGCAUAUACAGAAGAUGUUCGUUAUUGUCGCGUUUAAUGAAACACUUGUGGGACAAGCUCUCUCGUGGGUGGAAAGGAUACCAUACAUCGGGCCCAAACUCGAAGCACCUUUAUUAGAAUUUUUGCGUAACCAAAAAGCGCGCUUACAUAAAAACGAUUCGUCGUCUUUACCUGACAAUCAGGGCUCAAUUCUAUCUAGUCUUCUAGAAAAAUUCGUAUUGGCUAUGGUUCUAUACUUUGUGGUGUCGAUAGUGAAUGCGCUCGCGCAGAACUACAGUAAACGGGUGGGUAAGAAGAAGGGCAAAAAGAAGGAAUAGGGGUUGAAGACGCCGAGUUACGUUAUCGGCGGUCUAGCGCGACGACUGUCAGACACCAGAACGCGUUCGCGGUAGUACAGGAUAUUCACACGAACAUUUGUGUUUAAAGUUAAACGUUUACACAACGGACGUUGCACACGUGUGAGAUGCCUUAGCUAACACCUUAUCCAGGGAUUUUAUUGGUAAAUAGUCUUAAGUAUGUAGUAAAUGGAUAUAAAAGACGUUGAUUUUUGUUUUGGAAGUGCGAGGCGUUCAGCGGUGUAAAGCGCUUGUAUUGAGCUUUAUUUAUUAGCUAAUUUAUAUGAUGUUGUAUGUGACAGUACAAUGAGUACCCACAUAGAUUCUAUUUAUUAAAUUGAAAAAUAGAAAUAUAUUUUAAGACCUUUGAAAGAUUUAAAGCAGAAAUGAUUCAUCCCAAAUAACUAUUAUUUAUGUAAUAAAAUAAAAUAUUUAAAAAAUAUUCAAUAAAUAAUUAAUUUAAUAAUAAAUGUUAAAUUCACUAUUAUAUAAUAAAUACUAUGUUUAAAUUUAAAUUCCAUACAUAAAUGAUCAAAUUAUUAAAAAUACCAUGGAAAUAUAAUUAGUAAAUAAAUAACGAUAAGGAGUCCACAUGACUCAAUAGAUAUCUAAGAAUAUCCACCAAUAUGCAUGUUAUGGCAUUAUAAGCCAAUCUUCUCCUUAAGAGUAGUGGAGGAAUUGCAAAGCAGGGCAUUUAUGAGCUGUCACUUUACAUUUUUAAAUUUAAGUAUCUAUGGAAUGUAAAAUGUCAAAAAAAAUUAAUUUCUCCAUUUAUAAUAAAAGGCCAUCAAGACUGAAAAACGCAACAAGCGUCAGACACACAACGCCUCGCAUCUUCAAUUAUACAAAUCGGAUAUAAAUUAAAUACGGUUUUUGUAAAAUUAUUCAUGUUUUUUUUUUUUUAAAUUGAAAUAAAAUAUGUUUGAGAAAUUAUAUUGUCAGUUCCUAGAAUCAUGUUACUCUAUGGUUUUGGUGCCACUAUAAUUUUGACAUAUAAAUAAUCGUUUUAUUCCAUAAAUUUUAUUCCAUGAUAUGAAUAUGCAAACAAAAAUCGUAUCUAAUAUUGAUGAUAUUGUAUUUGAAAAUAGGUGAAUAAUAUAUUAAAUAAAAGUUACCAACUUAUCAGAGGCAAGUCAUAACCUACGCCUUACUUAAUGUUGUAAUCGCUAAGACAGUUUAAACAUUGAUAACUUUAAUUAUAAAUACACCAUUCGGAAUUUAAUAAAACAUAAUAUAAAUAUACUUUAUGGAAGAAAGAACCACAGAUACAAAAUGUUAAUUCAAACUUUUAAAAACAUUAUCAUUGGUUUAAUCUGUUUUUUUUUUAAAUAUAUCCAUUGCGUCCUAAGCGUUUUUGAGUAAAACUAGAUUAAAGUAAGCGAAACUAUAAUAAAAAUAUAAUGGUAGAUGUUUUACACAUGUGUGGUGUGUUUUGUAGUUUUUAUAAUAAUUAAUUAUAAAAAAAAAAAACAUAUUAGCAGCUAUUGCACGACCUUUAGUUAUCUUGCCCUUACUUGUAAUUUUAUAAUGCAAACAUUUAGUGAUAAUAUGAUAACAAUAUAUUUAAGCUCUAUAUAUAUCUAUAUAGAGUAGACGUUUGACUUGAUCGCUCAAAGAAAUGGUAACAUUUAACAUAGUAUAUGUGCUUAAUGUUUCAAUUAUAAAUUUGUGGUGCCUAUGAAUGUAUUAAGACAUAAGUUUAUAUGAAAGGCAUUACGUUUGCAUGUAUGUAUUUAUAAAGUGUGCCAAUAAAGUAAAUAUCUAUAAAUGGCGGCCGAUAUCGUGCUAUCUCGCUCGCACGGUGCUCACCGUUGCACUCUUUACAGAUAAAAAAUAAUGUUCGUGAACAUAAUCCCGUAAAUUUUUCGAAUUUCAAUUUUUAGAAAUUAUUUUGUUAACUUGCAUAACUUAAUGAAUGUCACUACAUAAUUAAUUUAUCUUUAAUGUGUUAAUUUAAUAUACUUUUAUUAGUGUUAUUGUUAUAUAAUAGUAUAAACUAUAUAUGUAUUCUUUAUCGGCACUCUUUAUAUAAUUUCGCAUUCUUUAAUUUAAUAAUAUAAAUAUCACUAUAGUAUCAAAGCUCUGUAAACAUUUACGGUAUUAUAAAUAAUUAAAAGAUCCACAAUAACUGAAAUACUAUUGUUAAAAACCAGUUUUUAUAUAGUAAUAACAUUGAUAAAUAUAACUUUUUUUUUUUCUCUCUUAAAAUAUAUUAAGGCUAUUUUGUUACACGAGGAAACCAUAGUAUGUAUAAAAAAAACAAACAGGUAAUAAAUUAUUAAUAAUUACUAAAUCAUAUUCGUAGGCGUAACUAGAAUACAUAAUUAUUAUACUAUGUUAGGGAGGUAUAAAAAAGAUCAUUUCGAUAGGUAGAUCUUUACAAGGUAAUUUUCUAUAGCUUCAAUGAAACUAGUUUACUAAUAAUUAAAUGUCAUAAUUGUUUCUGCACUUGAAUAGGAAAAAAAAUUGUAGGUAUGUGUAUUCUACGAUAGGCCGUUACAACUUGGUGCUAAACUAGUUACGCCUAUGACCCUUAACAAAAAAAAUAAAUAAUCUUAAAUAUCUUGACAUAUUUGCAAUAGACACAACGUGUUACCAUACUUAAAUUAUAUUCCAAUAUUGUCUGAGUAUUACAUUUGACAGCCAAAUUGACAAGUUCUCAGUUACAAUAUUUAUUAUUGUAUGUUCUAUGUAUAUAUAAAAGAUUUUCUAAUAAUUAUUACCGCCAGUCGAAAUCUAUAUUUUGAAUAGUUCGAAUUAAAUAUUGCAUUAAAUUAAAUUAAAUAUGAGAUAAUAUCGAAAAAAGUGCCAAACAUGCUUAGACAAAAGUUAUGUAAAUUGGUUACCAAUUAUAUGCUUUUAUAGUAUAAACAGUGUACAAAAACCAACCAUAUGACUAAAUAAAAUAAUAACCUAUUUUCAACAGAAACAUUUGGUGCUGUUCCUAUUUAUUAUGUUGUUUUUUUUUUAUUUAUUUUUUAAAUUAAAAACCCAACCUAGUCGUUACUUUUCUUCGACUCAAACAUGAAAAGAUUAAAAAAAUGACUAAUCUAUUUCAUUAAAAAUAAUUUUCUUAAAGAUUAAAAAUAAAUUAAUUUAUAUUUAAAUUCUGAUUGUCUGCAUGUAAUACGACAAAAGCGCAAAAAUUAUAGAAAUUUACAAUUAUUUAUAUUUAAUUAUAUAUUAAGGUAUGUUCCACACUAUCGAUUUACGACGUUACUUUAAAACGUUAUUUAGCAGGUGUUUAGGUGAACACUGAUUUCUCUCUUUCUGCCAUCAUUCGUUUGACAUUCGAAAGAGAUAGACAGAGCAUUGUUGCAAUCAAAAAGACAUUUUGUAGGGUGUUAAGAAACAGUAUGUUAUAAUAAUGUGCAGGUAGCAAAGUAAAGCCCAGUAUUAAUAACUUUACUUAUUUAAGCGUGAUAGUGUAUGUUUUAUUCACUGGCAUUCCUUUAUUUAUCUUGAAGCAAUUGAGAUAUCCAUUCAGUUUUUUUUCUAUGUUUAGAUUAAAUUUUGAACAAGUUAAACUAAAAAGAACAUUCAAUGUUCAUUUAAUUUUAGUUAGCUUAUUCAGUUUGGAAAAUGUUAACAUUUUUUUAGACAAUUUCGAUUGAAUCGUUAAUGACAUUUUAUUUAUAAACAAAUUUCCAAUCAAAAAAAAUCUGGGUCCGAGUAUUUCAAAUUUUGAAUUAUUGGGUUUUGAACGCAUUUUAGGUUUUAUAAGCGCUUACGAUUAAUUCUAGUUCCAAAUAUAGGAAAUAUCUUUCGCUCACGUUUACCUUCUUUAAAGUACUUAUUAAAAAUAUGUAUACACUUUCAAUUGAAUGUAUUUUUUUUUUUCAUAUAAUUGUUAUAAUUUAAAAUCACUUUAUAUGUUUGUAAAUAUUUACUUCAUUUUCAUCUAAGCUUAUAUAAUGAUAUAAACAUUCCAUGCAUAGUCAAUAAUAUCUAUUUAUGUCUAUCUGGAGUAGAGAAGUGUUAUGGGAAAGUUCUAAAACAUCUUCUUAAGAAGACAGUAGGCUUUUGCCUUAAUGGCAAAGGGACAGGUAAUUUCUUUGCUUUUAUGGAAUGUAAAAAUGUUUAGCAAUUAUAUUUCUAUUUAUUAUUCUUAUUAAAUACUGUAAGAAUCCUUUCUAAACAUUAUGGUGUUUGUCGUAAAUACUAAUAAAAAAUACUAUUAAAAUUAUAUAAUUCUUUCACAUUAUAGACAAAACAUGACACAAAAUAUAAAUGAAGGUAAAUAAAAUUAUUAUUUCGAUAAAAAUUAAUAAACGCAAAUGAAAUUUGCAAAUUAUUGUUUUACGUUACUUUUCGAUUGUUUAAUUUUUAUUAUUUUAUGUCAUUGUUCGAUAUUUAAAACAUUAUGUAUUUAUCAUAAAAAUAUUUAAUUAAUAAAAAUUUAGUGUAAAAAUCAGUCAUAGAAUGUACACAUUUAGUACAAAAUCUGCUAUAAGAUUAUAAGUGUUUCUAAGUUUGUUCAUAAUCUAAAAGCAAUAAUAAAGAGUGGUUAUGAAAAUA